AUGUUUUUGGUUCUAAUUGAUUUUUUCAUAGUACAAGGUGCGUCGAGUCAAAUUGAGAAUUAUCAAUGUUUUAGAUAAAAUAUUACUUCAGAGUAUGAUUGUGAACGUUACUAUGAAGGACAAAGUUAUUGGAAUACAACAUCUUGUGUUAAAAAUGAAACUGUGAUUGAUUUAGUUGUAGUUGCAAGUGAGAUUAAUAAUGAUCCAACUUAUUGUAAUUAAGUUUAGAGUAGCCAAUGCUCUUAAAAUAUUAAUUGUGCCUUUAUUGAUGGUAUAUGUUGGCAUUUUACUGGAUGCAGUGCUUUUUUAAAAGAGAAAGAUGAAGAAUGCUAAUAAAUUUCUAUUAGAUGCAUAUCAAACGGCAAAUAAUGUGUAGAGAUAGGACUAUGCGAUGAAUACAUUACAUAAAAGUCAUGUCAAUAUGAUGAAAAUGGUGAAUAUUGUUAUUGGAAUUCUACAAAUUCACAAUGCUAUAUUGCUUAAAGUUGUGAAUAGUUGCCAAAAUCAUUAAAUACUGAUUAAUAAUGUAGAUAGGAGUUAAAUAAAUGUACAGUAGCAUAAUCUGGAGAAGGAUGUAUUGAGAGUGGUUUGAAAUGUUCUGAUCAUUUAUAUUAGAACUAAUGCUUUUGGAAUAGAGAUAAAAAAUAAGAAUGUUUUUGGAAUGGAACUAGUUGUGUUGAUAAAAUUUGUUAGAAUGCACUUAAUACACUUAAAACAGAUGAGCAAUGUAUGAGUUAUCUCGUUAUAUGUACAACAAAAUAAGAUGGAGGAUGUGUAGAGAGAACUAGUUGUGAUGCGGUUUAAAUAUAGGAAGGAUGCAAGAAAAAUAGGAAAGGAGAUGAAUGUUAUUGGGAUGGUACAAAUUGUUUAGACAAAAUUUGUAUUAAUGGUCCUUCAACUUAUAAAAGUAAUUUGGAAUGUGAAUAAUAUAAAUAAAAUUGCAUAACAAACGGAAAGGGUUGUGUAGAGAAUGUAAGUUGUAGUUCAGCAAAAAUAGAGGAUGCUUGUGAGAGUGAUAUUAAUAAUAAUAAAUGUGUUUGGAAUAAUAAUAGUUGUUAAAUUGCAAAAUGUGAAUUGGGUGAGAAUAGUUUAAUAAGUAAUUAAGAUUGUUCAAGGUUUUUAACAGGUUGUGUAACUAAGAAAGGAGGUGGAUGUAUGAAAAUAAGUAAAUGUUCGGAUUACAACAUUGAAGAGGCUUGUUUAAUAGAUGAGGAUGGAGAUGAAUGUUUUUGGAAUGAUGAAGAAAUUUGUGUUGAUAAAACAUGUGAAAAUGCACCUGAGACACUUUAAUCUCAUGAGGAAUGUUAAAAUUAUAGUGAGAUAUGUACAUUAGAUCCAGAAACAAAUUUUGGAUGUAUAGAUAUGAGAUGUGAAAAUAUAAGAGAUUAAUAAUUAUGUAUAGAAGAUUUAGAUGGAAAUAAAUGUACAUAUUAGGAAAAGUGUUCAAGUAAAGAAUGUAGUUUAGGGAAAAGAACAAGUGCAAUAGAAUGUAAUAUAUAUUUGAAUAAAUGCACAUUGAAUGAUGAGGGAAAUGGAUGUACAUUGAUUCCAUUAAGAUGUAGAGAUAAUAGUAAGAAAGAGAAUUGUUAUUUUAGAUUAGAUGGAGAAUGUGGAUGGGAUAAUCAAAAAAAUAUAUGUGUAGAUAAGUAGUGUUAUACUGCUGAUUAAAAUUAUAAUAGUAAUGAAUUAUGUGACAGAUAUCUUAAAGGAUGUGUAAUAAGUAAUACAGUAGGUUGUAUGAUUUUACCAAAAUUAUGUUAAGAUAGAAAGAGAAUUGAGAAUUGUCAUUUUGAUGAUGAUGAUGAUUGUGUAUGGGGAUUAGAUCAAUGUUAAUCUAGAUCAUGUUAAACAGCUUAAUUUGAAUUAGAUUUAAUAACUAUGUCAGAAUGCAAUUUAUAUAUAGAUUGUUCAUAGGAUAUUACAUAAUGUUGUAUAAUAAAUAAUGACAAUAAUAAUUGUUAAAAUAAAAGCACAUGUGAUGUUUUAGAGAAAUCUAAUUGUAUAACUAAUGCUGCAAUAGAAGGUAGUUGUGUUUGGAAUGGAAUUAAAUGCAUUAAUGCUAAUGAUUUAAAAUGUACUGAUUAUUUUGGAUUAAAUCAUUAAUAAUGUUAUGAUCUAAAGAAUACAUGUACUAUUAACAACACUGGAAAUGGAUGUAUGGAAUUAAAAGAAUGUGAAGAAUAUGUUAACUCAUCUUAAUGUAUAUUAAAUUUAAAUUAGUAAUUUUGUAAGUGGAAUUCUGUUUCCGGUAUUUGUUUCUCAUAUACAUGUUCUGAUGCUCCAGAUUCUUAUGAAUAUGCAACAGAUGAAUAAUGUAGAAUAUUCUAAAGUGAUUGUACUUUACAUCCUAAUAUUGGAGGAUGUGUUGAUAAAUUCGACACUUGUGAAAAAUAUUUAAAAAUAGAAUCUUGUUUCAAAACUAAUUUAUCAACUAAAAUCAAUUGUAUUUGGUAUAAUAAUGAAUGUAAAACCAUUAAUGUUUGUACAGAUAUCAAUUUUAUUCCUACUUAUUCUACAACUAAUUGUGAAUCUAUUCUCUUUGAAUGUAAAGUUAAUCUAACUAAUAAUGGUUGUAUGCUCAAAACUUGUACUGAUUAUUAUUACACUACUCUUGAUGAAUGUCAAAGUAUAACUUCAUGUUCAAUUAAUAAAUUAAAAAAUAAUUGUAUCCCAAUGAAAGACUAUUGUUAUUAAUACACAAAUAAAGAUGAUUGUUAUUUCUCUCUAAAAGAUGGAUUAUGUAUUUCAUAUAAAGAUAGCUGUGUAAUAAAAAAUUACUCCUGCAAUUUUAUGUCAGGAGAUGAUAUUACAUGUCCUUAAUAUAGAGAAGCAUGUAUGGAUAAUCCAAACAAUGAUAACUGCAGAAGGAAAAUUUGUUAAUCUCGAGUAUCUCCUAAAACAACCUUAGCUGAUUGUUAAGAUUUUGAUAAUGGUUGUACUUCAUAAAUUGAUUUAGCAUAAUGUACUGAUAUUAUGGCUAGUUGCUAAGAUUACUUUUAUCUUAAUCAUUGCCAUUAUUCUAAAUCAGGUUAUUGUAUAGUGAUAAGUUUAUAAGGAGAAGAUAAAUGUUGGGAUGUAUAUUCAAUAGAAUAAUGUAGUUAAAUAAGAUUUUAUUAUAAUGAGACUUGCGAAAAUUUAGAUAAAUGGUGUACAAAUAAUCCAGAUUUAAAAAGUACAUAAUAAUGUGUUGAAAAGACUUGUAAUAAUGCUAUAAAAUCUGAAUAUAAUCAUUAGACUUGUUAAGCUUGGUUAUCAACUUGUACUUCCAAUUAUACUCAAACUGGAUGCACUGAAAUUAAAGAUUUAUGUUCAGAUUACACUCCCCCCAAUUGUAUCUAAUCUUUAUAAGGUAAAUGCGAAAAUGUUGAUAAUCAAUGUGUACUUAGAUCAUGCAAUUAUUCCCCUUCCACUUUCUUAAACAAUUAAGUUUGUGAAUCAUAUUUAAGCAAAUGUACUGUUGCUAGAAUUGGAGGUUGUGUAAAAAGAUCAGAAAAAUGUGAUCUAUACACUCUUCAAUCAUAAUGCCACUUUGAUAUCAAAAAUAAUAGAUGUUGGUGGAAUCCUACAUAAAAAUAAUGUGUAUAACUCAAAUGCUCCAACAUUGAAAACACUUCCUUAUACUCCACUACUUAACAAUGCUAAUCUAUUUAAUAUAUUGAUUGUGUCUUAAGUAAUACUGGUUUAGGUUGUUAAGAUAAUCAAUAAUAAUGUGAAUCAUUUUAAUCAAAAUCUUCAUGUCUUGUUGAUAUUAAAGGAUAACCUUGUCAAUGGAAUAAUAAUUAAUGUUUCACUAAAACAUGCACAUCUGCUCCUAUUUCUCUAACAACCUUAGAAGCAUGUUUAUCGUAUUACACCUAAGUUAAAUGUACUACUAAAACUGGAGGUGGUUGUACAUUUUAAUUAGAUUUAUGUGAAGAUUAUACUGAUCAAACAUCAUGCAUCAUUUCUAAAAAGGGAGUUUUAUGUGGAUAUGAUUAAUAAAAUUAAAAAUGCUUAAUUAAGAGUUGUCAAACAGCGCCAUUGUCAUAUACAUCACAUAAUUAAUGUUAGAGUUAUUUAAAUACAUGUACAGUCUAGGCUUCAGGUAGUGGUUGUUAAACCAUCCCAAAAACCUGUUCAGAAAUGACUAUGAUACAAUGUGAAAUGAAAUAUUGCUUAUAUGAUAACGAUAAAAAUAUAUGUAUUAAUAAGACAUGCUAAAAUAAACCAGAUAACAUCACAGAUUGUACAGAAUAUUUUGAUUAAUGUUUCUUAGAUACUAUAAAAUGUAAGACUGCUAUAUGUGAAUAUUAUUUUUAUUAAACAGAUGAGGAAUGUAAAAAUAUUAUGCCUAAUUGUACUACAGAUGGAUAUUAAUGUAUUCCUAGAAAGAAAUGCAACUAAUAUAUAAAUGAAAUAAGUUGUGUAUCUCAACCAGAUGGUUAAUAAUGUUAGUGGAUUAGUAGUAAUUAAUGUUAAAUAAGACAAUGCAAUAUUGCUCCUAAAAGUUUGAUAACUCAUUCAGAAUGUCAAUAAUAUCUUAAUAAAUGUACUACAAAAAAAGAUGGAGGAUGUACUAAUCUAAUGUCAUGUAUAGAAUAUAACAUUUAUGAGUAAUGUUAAAUAGAUAGAUUUUAAGAACAAUGUGUUUGGGAUGGAAAUAAAAAUUUGUGCAGAGAUAAAGAAUGUAGAGAUUACAAUGGAUCUAAUCAUAAAUCAUGUUAGUCAAUUUCUUUAGAGUGUACAGCAGAUCUUUAAAGAAAAGGUUUUUGCAUGGAUAUUUUAGAAUGUUCUAUGUAUACAUAAAAAUUACAUUGUAUAAUUGGAAAUGAUGGAAGUUGUUUGUGGAUAAAUAAUAAAUGUUAUUAGUAUUCUUAAUGUGAAGAUAUUUAAUUUACAACUCACAAUGAAUGUCAAUAAAUUUCAAAAGAUUGUACAACCGAUGGAGUUUCAUGUGUUCCAAUUACAUUCUGUAAAAAUACUAAUCCAAAUGGAGGAUGUAUUAUAGGAAUAGAUGGAGAAUGUAUUAAAAUUAUUUAAAAUGGAAUUAGUUCUUGUUCUUUAUAUGAAUCAUGUAAAUAAAUAGUCUUUACUACUCAUGAUCAAUGUUAUUAAACAAAGAAUUAUUGUACAUCUGAUGGUGUAGAAUGCAUUUCUCUUAAUGAUUGUGAUAAAUACACUAAUCAAGUUUCAUGCGUUUUUAAUAGCAAAGGAGAAAUAAUAUCAAAUAACAAAAUACUUUCUACAGGAAAUUGUAUUUGGGAUAUCUCUGCUAAUCAAUGUAGAGAUCAAAAUUGUCAAGAUUUUAUUGGUACAACUAAUGAAUAAUGUGAAUCAUAACUUUAUUCUUGUACAAGUGAUGGUAAAAUCUGUAUUCCUAAAAUGAAUUGUUCUAACUUUACAAAUUAAGUUCAAUGUUUAAUUGCUAAAAGUGAUGAUGGAUAUUGUUUUUGGUCAAAUGACAAAUGUGAUCUUAUUUCUUGUUCAAAUAUUACUAAACCAACAUCAGUUGAAUAAUGCAAAGAUCAAAAUAUUAAAUGUACUUAUGAUGGUCAAACUUGCAUUACUGUUUCGGAAUGUAAAGAUUAUAAAACAUAAUCUUCCUGUAAUUCUAAAGGAACUGAUGGAUUUUGUUCUUGGAUACCACCUAUUUCAUCUAAUGUUACUACCACUAUAUAACGUAAUAAAUGUGAACUCAAAAAAUCAUGUUAACAAUCUAAUUAAGAUUAAAUUUCUUGUUUGUAAGUUAAAGAUAUUUGUUAUUUUAAAUAAGCUACAAACACAUCAUCAAGUUAAUGUUAAGAACACACUUGCUUCACUUAUUAUGAAUAAAAUAAAAAAUGUUCAUUCUUUUAUAACUGGAAUAAAACUCAAAUAACAUUAUGCUAAUUAUAAAAUAAUACAUGUAAUCCUAUUGCAGAUCCAACACUUUUAAGUUCUAAAGAUUGUUACAUGCUUUCAGGUUAUACACACACAUACAAUAUGACAACAGCAAAAUGUUAAUCUUGUGAACCACCUAGAAAAAAUAUCACUAUCACUGUCAAUCCUAAUUUUGCUAACAAUCUUACUAUCUUUUUGAUUUCAUUAUUAUUUUUUGUUUGA